CGGGCCAUGCUGUGGCAGCAUCCCACAGAAAAUACAGGAAGAUUGGCACAGAUGUUAGCUCAGGGUCAAAAAAAAAACCCGAAACAAAAAAAAACUUCUGUUAUGCAAAAGACACUUACAAGAAUGAAAAGACAAGACAAGACACAGACUGGAAGAAAAUCUUAGCAAAACAUAUCUAAUAAAGGACUACUAUCUAAAACAUACAAAGAACUCUUAAAUUUUUCAGCAAUAAGAAAAACAACCCAGUAAAAAUGAGCAAAAAAUCUGAACAGAUGCCUCCCAAAUAAGAUAAGCAGAUGGCAAAGAAGCCUACAAAAAGAUGCUCAGCAUCAUAUGUCAUUAGUGCAUUGCAAAUUAAAACAAUAAUAAAAUACCGUUACACACCUAUUAGGAUGGUUAAAAUUUAUAACACUGACAACACAAAAUACUAUCAAGGAUGUGGAACAAUAGGAACUCAUUCAUUGCUAGUGGGAAUGCAAAAUGUACAGCCCAUUUGGAAGACAGUUUGGUGGUUUCUUAACAAAACUAAAUAUCUCUUACCAUACUGUCCAGUAAUUGUGCUCCUUGGUAUAUACCCAAAUGACUUGAAAACUUAGGUCCACACAAAAACCUGCACACAAAUGUUUAUACUAGCUUUAUUCAUAAUUGCCAAAAGUUGGAAGCAACCAAGAUGGCCUUCAAUUGGUGAAUGGAUAAACCAAUAGUGGAACAUCCAGACAAUGGAGUAUUAUUCAGCAAUAAGGAGAAAUGACCUAUUAAGCCAUGAAAAGACAUAGGGAACAUUAAAAGCAUAUUUACUGAGUGAAGUAAGCCAAUCUGAAAAAGCCUUUUCAGUAUGAAAAAGCCAUACUGUAUGAUUCCAACCAUAUGACAUUCUGAAAAUGGCAGAACUAUGGAGACAGUAAAAAGAGCAGUGGUUGCUAGGGGUUUAGGGCACAGAGUGAGGGAGGGACAAAUAGCCAGAAUAUGUGGGUUUUUCAGGGCAGUGAUACCAUUCUGUAUGAUGUAGUAAUGAUUAACACCUGUCAUACAUUUGUGAAGACCCAUGGAAUGUACAACAGUGAAAGAGUGAAACAAUGUAAACUAUGGACUUUGGUUAAUAGUAAUGUAUUAAUAUUCGUUCAUCAAUUAUAACAAAUGUACCACACUAAUACAAAAUAUAAGUAGGGGAACUUUGAGGGAGAGAGUACUUUUUGAUCAAUACUUCUAUAAACCUAUAGCUGCUCUUAAAAAAUUAUUUAUUUAAAAAGUGUGAAAUUUUUUAAUUGAUUACAUGUUGGAAUGAUAAUAUUUUGUAUGUCCUGGAGAUAAUAUGUCCUGAUAAAAUAUAUCACUAAAAUUAAUAUGACCUGAUUUGUUUUUUAGUUUUUUAAAUGUAGCUCUUAGAAAAAUUUAAAUUACAUCUGUGACUCACACUAUAUUUUUGUGGAACAAUGCUGGUCUAGAACCAAAUUCUUACAACUCCAGUUCUCUACUUAUCUCUCUUCUAGGCCCUACAGUUUUGGGAUCUUUUCUCUAGUGCCACUUCUUUUUAAUCACUUUCCUAUUAACAACAUUUCAUGGUUCUCUAUUUGUUUGGGGAAGUCAUAGAAAUUCCUCUAGGUCACAUUCUGUCUCCAGUGUCCUUCUUCACAUACUGUACUCUAUAUUCUGGCCUCCAGCAUCCCUCCCUCUGUAUGGUACUCCGCAUGUGCAACUUCUCUAGUUAACAACUACUCUGAUUGAGUCACCUCUUGUUUGGCUGGUCUCAGGGGAGUCUCUGACGUUUCUGCCACUCUGCUCGAAAUGUGCUCCCCAAGAUGUCCUCCUUGUUCAGUCCCACCUCACACUAAUGACUUCUGCCCUUUGUUUCCCCGCCCCCAUACUUAAGCAUCCCAUUUGUACCUUUAUGUCAUGUGUGCACCUGCAUACAUUUCUUGUCUCCCUAGUAGUACUAAGCUCCUCAAAGGUAAGGACAAUGCUUCCACUCCUCCAGUAUUCCAAGGUUAGGUGAGAUGGCACGUGCUUAAGAUCACGAGCUUUGCUUUUAGACAUCCGUGUUCAAUUUUCAGUCUCCCACUUGGCAGCUAUGUGACCUUGAACAAAUCACUUAACUCUCUUAGCCGCCAUUGCCUCAUACGGAAAAUGGGGAGAGUAAUAACAAUACCUCAUAGGGUGGUUGGAGUGUCAGUGUUCUAUGUUUAGAUACUCUCAGAGGCACUUUUGUUUGUUAUUUGUUUGUUUUCAAACUCCUGCAAAAUGGAGACAGCAGGCAAUGUGCUGUUUCCAAUGCCAGAAGUUGACCUGUGAUAACACUAUGAAGUUUAUUUCAAGUUCAGUGACCUAAGUGGUUAACAAUAAUUUUGGUUCAGGAAACAUCAUCAUCUCCUUCCCCGGCUAGGAAUUCUCAUAACUAUUUGAACAUAUUUCAUGAUUUUGACAAAGGAUUAAAAUUUAGCUAUAUGAUAAAAUACUCAUUAGCAAAGUCCUUUUGUUUUUAUAUUUAUCACAGAAAAACCCAACUCAGGCCAUCUUUUGCUUAUGUUAGGGCAAAAUCUAGUCUUGCUCAUAGGUUGUUUCAAAAUGAUUUGCUAUCAAAAAGGUUCUAUCUCCCUGGCUUAUAAAUAUUCUUUAUCCCCCCAGUUUCUCUUAUCAGGAAAGAGAAAUAAUUUACAACAUAGUACUUAAAUUAAAAGUACUUUUAGGUCCACGUGAUUGUCUUUAUGUUUUAUUUUAAUUGACUGCUUACUUAAAGAGAGGCUCAUAUUAAGAAUUGCAUAUUUUUCUUUAUCCAAAAAGAGUCUUCUAUUAUUCUUUUUUCACAGUGGGAUAAAUAGAUAUUGCCUUUUAGCACUUCACACAGUGCCUGGUUCAUAUUCAAUAAAUAUUAGGAAUUUGUAGUGGUAAUACAAUGCUGUCAGGUCACAGAUGCUAUAAAAAUUUUGCCUGAAUUAAUAUCACAUGAGUUUGACAUCUGAGCAGCAUGACUUUUUGUUGGUUUUAAAAUGGUAUCUUGUUUGGUUUGGGAAGAAAAUGAAUAUUAAAGUGUAGACUGAAAUUUAAUUAAGUGCUUUGUUAUGAAAAUAGAAACUAUCACGACUUGCUGUUUGAUAUUCUGAUUUUUUUUAUCCAUAAAAUACCCGUAUUUACUUUUAUAAUUCUGUUUUAUUUCUGAAUAUGUUUGGGGCUACAGUUUCAAGCACAUCUUUACAAACAGCACAUUUUGGAAAGGAUAGAUUUUAUUUCUAAUAAAUAAGAAGCCAGGUUGUAAUUAAUCAUUAUAUUGUCUCCUUUUCACAUUUUUUUAAAGAACCCAAGACAUCUUAGUGGGCUACAUGAGGACUUUGGAUAGACGCAGCUUACAUAUAGGGUAAAGAGUAUCUUGAAGUGAAUAUACAGAAUCAUUUUCAUUAAUUUGUAUUUCAACCUUGGUGUAUUUUCUCCUUCUUUAACUAAUGACCAGUAAUGAACAUAAUUAAACAACAUGUAACUAAAAGUCUAUUGAACAGUAUUAAAGCUCAAUACCUCCAUAGCAGCAGCAGUAUUUAGCUAUGACACACCAGCUAAAUGAGGAGGAGAUCACGUGACUGGGCCAUCCACACACUUGUCAGACCUCCACCAACUACUGUGAGUGUGUGUGCCGGGUCCACUGUGAGGUUCACCGAUUGCAUUUCCAUGGAAGAUAUUCAAUAUAUAUUCCAAAAAAGAACAAAAAUGAAAAAGAUGCUCCUUUGCCUUGAACGGUGCUUCUAACCGCACUGAGAUGGGAUGCCUAUGUCUGUGAAACAUAGCUCCUUCUACCUUCUGUCUGUGGCCAUUCAGCUGAGCUUACACUGAAGUUCAUUCCCUGCCAACCAGACGAUGUCUUCACCUACCACCUCACAGUAGUCUUAAUCUAGGACAGUGAUGACACAGAAAAGCUUGUGACUGCUUCUCGUUGCCCUAGAAAUCAACCAAGGCAUCCCAGAGGCUCAACAGUAGAUAGUUGAAAGUCUGAAAGAAGGCCAGAAAGCUUAAUGGCUGGAAAACAGUACUUUGCAGUUCUGAGAAUGAGAGAUUAGAGGGUAGAACUGAGAGCAGAUGAUCAAAGGAAAAGAGUGAACGGCAACGAUGUUGUUCAUAAAGCUGGCAAUAGAUAGGGCAAUGGCUAAAACAAAAGACACCGAAGAGAAACAGCAGGAGGCUACAAGAACAGUGGAAGUGACCAAAAGUGCUGUGAGGAGAGGAGGCAGUGGGGGUCUAUGGAAGGAUCAACCAGCAGUCCAGACCCCACCCUCACACCCUCCUUCGGUGACAGACUCAGAAUGGUUGGAUCUGAGUGCAGAAGAACAACUGGCCUGGGCCAAAAAGACUCAAGACCCUCGGAUUGCAGUAGGUUCCCAGUCCCCACUAGAAAAGAAGAUUCAGAGUUUAGGUGGUGUCCAUUCUUCAGAAGUGAGGAAACUGUUAGCCCAAAAGUUUCAAAAGGAGAAUGAAACACUUCAUAAACUUAAGGCCAUGUCUUUUGACUUCCGGUUUGCCAGAGCAGAGGCAUACUACUAUCAACGAUACCAAGAAAUGAUGCUGGAAAACCCAUGGAAAUACAACAUGAUUCCAAAAUGGGAAAUUAAAAAAGAGGAAAAGAGACCACAAAGUAAAAAAACAAAAGAUGCUAAAAAAUGGGACAAUGUAGUGCCUGAGAGGGAGCUGAACCAGAUAGAGAAACACAUACACCGAGCUGAACGAGCCAGAGGCCUCAGGGACCACAAGUAUCGACUACUCCCUCAAAGAAUUCCAAGUGAAACACUUCUCCCCAAAAUAUUAACACUCGAGAAGGACAAAAAGACUGAAACUAUCCAGAAAACACCCAAAACUAAAAUCAAAAAGCACAAGAUAGCGUGGGCAAAGAAACAGAUAAAGGGACAUCGAGAGCGAAUGAUUCGAGGGAGACAACUCACAGAGCAAAGAAAUGAUAAAGGAGCCGCUCAGAAACUCUCUACCUGGGGUCCUCCUUUCUGAAAAUCUCAAGCAGAGAAAGAGGAAGUGAAAGAAUUUGAAUGGGUCACAGCCUAUCCAAUUGCCCAGCCUUACCAGGAAGAACUUCUAGAAGUGACCGUUCUGAUGGAAAAGUCAAAAGAAGAGGAUCAAAUUAAAAAACCACUCCGAAGAGAGGUCUUGAGUAUGCCACCGUUUUUGAGAAGUCAACUAGAAAAAAAUAAGUUUAAAUUGUUUUCUAGAUUAUUGUAUUUCUUUUUUAGCAUACUUUCAUAGUUGUUAGUGCAGUAAAAUCCUAUACCCCCUAAUUUUCUUUCUCAGUACAUCAAACUGGAAAGAAAAAAAGUUAAACCACAAGCACAGCGUUCAGAAGUAUUUCACCUACCUGUGUAACUACCUCAAAACUUAGUGGCUUAAAACUACCACCUUUUUAUUAUAUCUCACAAUUCUGUGCCAGGAAUUCAGGCAGAACUCAGCUGGGCAAUUUUUCUGCCCCACGUGGCACCAGUGGAGCUGCUUGGGGAUAUUCAGGUGAUGGCUGGGCUAUUCUGGAGAGUCCAAAGAUCUCCUCCCCUACAUGCCCUUGACAGCGUGGACUAAAGGCUGGACUUAGCUGGUCCCUCUCUCUGCCUCCCCUCUCCAUGUGGUUUCAGAGCCAUGUGGUAGUUGGACUUAUUACAUGGUGACUCAGGGCUUCAAGAGACCUGUCAGACACCACAAGGCUUCUUAUGACCUCGCCUCAGAAGUCCCUAGCCAACAUCACUGCUGCCACAUUCUAUCGCUCAAACAAGUCACCAAGACAGCGCAAAUUCAACACUCUUCCUUUCAAAAACGUUUGCAGCCAUUUUUUAAUCUAGCACUCCAAGACUCUGAAAAGUCUAUCACACACCUCUAUCCUUCAUUAUAAUUUUCAUUGUUCUUUUAUGUUAAAACUGCUCUUAAAAACUAAAGUAUUUUUAUAAGGAACAAAGCCUGCAGUUUCACAGCUCCUGAAUUGAUCUUGACUACAGAGCCUGGCUGCCUCUCUGCAGAGGUAAACAUAGACAGAGGAUGUGAAAGCCUGUUACCACUAUUAUGCAAAGAACACAUUGUCUUGUGUUGUCUCCAGUUCACCUAAAAUGUAACAGACGUCAGAGACCUAAGCCUAAGCUCUAGCCCUGCUAGAGAUCCAGGACUCUAGCAUGUAGCCCCUCAAGGGGAAAAGAACAAUGGAAGAAAUAAAACAAAGCAGCACAUGUCCAAUUCCAUAGGAUAAAAGCAAUAUUGAGAGUACGGACUAGAGAGCAGGGUGGCAAUUUAUGGGGGAUGUGGAGCCCGAGGAGGCACCUCAGAGGAUAACUCCUUAGGCAGGCAGAGCAGUUAGGAGGAAAGCAUGGCCCAAACUCAACACUAAUGCCUACCUCCUGCCAGCCACCAUCAGCACGGGAAAUGAGGCACAACCUGGCCCUGGGGGGACUCCACAGGAAAACACGAGCAAGUAAACAACGUGAGGAGCACACACAGGAUGACUGUGGUAAGAACAAGGUGCUAUGAAAACACAAAGUUUUGGAAGAGAAGAAAGGCUUGGGGAUGUGACAUGAGUUUGAUUUUUUAAAGAUAACAUGUAUUAGGUACUUUUUUUUAUUAUGGAAAAGUUUAAAGAAAAAGUGGCCCAUGAUCUCCCUGUCCAGAUAACUUCUGUUGACAAUUUUUAAAAAUAAUGAAAAAGUGCACGAUUAGAAAAUUCAAAUAAUUACAGAAAGGUACAAAAUGCAAAGUAACAGCUUUGUCACCUUGGUUUGUAAAAGGUAACCACUUUUAAGUUUCUUACAUAAGGAGAAACUGACACAAGAAGAAAGUAGACAAAUGAAAGAGGAAGGCACUCUGUUAAACACACAAGCUUGAAAACUUAAUGUUAAGACCACAUGUUGUGUGAUUCCAUUUAUGUGAAAUGUCCAGAAGAGGCAAUUUAUAGAGAUAGAAACAGGCAAAUUUAGAAAGUAGGUUAUCGGUUGGUUAGGGCUAAGGGUGAGGGGAGUAGGUAAGGGUGAGUGGCUGCUACUGGGUAUGGGGUUGGGGGAGGCAAGAAUGUUCUAAGAUUAGAUUGUGGUGACGGUUGCACAACCCUGUGAAUAGACUAAAAAACAAUGAGUUGUACACUGCAAAUGGGUGAAGAGUACGGUCUGUGAAGUACAUCUCAAUAAAGUUGUUUAACCAAAAUGAAAGAAAUGGCUGGAGUUUAGAGGGGACAGAGUGAGCCUAGAAAUGUAAGCAAAGCGCCUGAUCAUGCAAGGCUUUGAGUCACUGAAGAGCUCAGGCUUUUCAGAUCUCGAAGGCAGCGGGGAAUCACUGAGAGACUGUUGAAGAUGUGGAAGAGAUCUGAAGCACAGGAAGUGGGGGCACCAAAUGGGUCUGUGGCAGAAACCCAGGAAAAAUGGAAAGAAUCAAGACCAAAUAGGAAUCAGUGACUGAUUAAGGUAGAGGUUGUUGAAGGGAAAAGAGAAAAGAAAUCCUAGGUUUCUUUCUGAGCAAUAUAAAGUAGUAAAAGUACCAGCAUAGGGAUUAUAGGGAGGACAGAUUUGGGGGCUGAGUUACACAUAUGUUUAAUACGCUGUCAAAUAAGCCAUUGGUUCCAUAUAUCUGGAGCCUCUUAGAGAAGUUUAGUCAGAGUUUUAGGAAUGUUCAGGAUACAGAUGUAGUAUAAAUCAUGAGUAAGAUGGUGGAAGACGAACCAGGGAAAGCAUAGGACAUCAGGAUGUACAGUUUUCAAGGAGUAAAUUUUCUAAUGCACAGCAUUUAUCCAUUGGAUUUAACAGGUCGCAAAAGAACUGCUAAUAAAUUUGGCAUAAAACAGCCUCAGCAGAAUGGUGGCAAAGAAGGCGCUGCACUGCAUGGUUUCAGGACUGACAAAAGGGGAGAUAGCAUGUGAUUCUUUGUUCAAGAAAAGACAGAACAGUCACUUGAGAAGGGUCACAACGAUUGUUUUCAGAUGAGAAAUGAGCAUAGUUGAAGGGAAAGCAAUAGAUAUGGAGGGGGGAUGACUGACAGAGCAGAGACCUGAGGAUGCAGGAAGAGCUAGAAUCCAGAGCCUUCCACACAAGAGACAUCUCCACCUCUUGAUCCCAGAGAGGAGGAGUGAGAAAAGAUGGAUGUAGAAAGUUGCGGAAUGGGAAAAGGAAGCAACUAGGGACUCAGAAAACAUCAAGGACAGACCUGAAGGCUCAGCAAAGACGAGAAGUAUGGGUGUAGCAUUGCUCCACUCCGUUAUAUGGUUUCCUCUGUGGCGAUGAGCAGCUCUGUGUGCAAAGAGAGGACUGCUGGUGAAAUGGAUCCAGGGGGCGCUGCUAGGAAAGUAGUCCAGCCUGGCUCGGCAGAGGACUCAAUACUUUCCGGUGUGUAAAUCACAGGCUGAGUCAUAGGAAAUUGCUGAUAUUUGAUGUUUUACUUAGAAAAACAACAAUUUCAUGUGGUUCAACGUAACCAUAAUUUGUUGACUUGACUACUUUACAACUAAAGAGAUGUCAAAAGAACGAUAAUCUAUAAACCAUUAACAACCUAACUAAAAAACUUCCAAUGGGACACGACUAGGGAAAGGAGAAACCCUCCCAUGAUCAGAAAA